GCAGUCCCCUCACCUACGUCUCUAUCCUCGUUUCUUCAUUUACUAAGCUUGUAGCCACUCCCAAAACACUCUCUCCAUAAACCUCAAAUGACACAACCAUUGCUUUUGCUCCUUAAAAAACACAAUACCCUUCUUUCUUCACCAACGUUGUCAAUGUGUGCAGACAUGUCUAAUAAUAAUCCUCCUUCUACUUCUAAAGCCAAAGACUUCUUUCCCUCUCCAGCUCUCUCUCUUAGCCUAGCGGGGAUAUUUCGGCAUGGUGGCGGUGCGGCGGCGGAGGGUGAAGGAGGGAGUAUUAGUAACAUGGAGGUGGAAGAAGGGGAGGAAGGGAGUACAAUAGGAGGUGAGCGUGUGGAGGAAAUUAGCAGUGAGUAUUCAGGUCCAGCUAAAUCCAAAUCAAUAGAUGAAUAUGAAGGAGAUGAACUUGAAGAUGAUGAAGGUGAAGAUGAUGAAGGUGAUGGUGAUGGUGAUGGUGAUGGUGUUAAUAAGAACAAGAAGAAGAAAAGGAAGAAAUAUCACAGGCACACUUCUGAACAGAUCAGAGUCAUGGAAGCGCUUUUCAAAGAGUCACCACAUCCUGAUGAAAAGCAAAGGCAACAACUUAGCAAGCAAUUAGGACUUGCUCCUAGGCAAGUCAAAUUUUGGUUCCAAAAUCGUCGUACCCAAAUCAAGGCAAUACAAGAGCGACAUGAAAAUUCAUUGUUGAAAUCAGAAAUAGAGAAACUAAGGGAGAAAAAUAAGACCCUACGAGAGACCAUAAAUAAGGCUUGUUGCCCCAAUUGUGGGGUCCCCACCACAAAUAGAGAUGGUACCAUGGCAACUGAAGAACAACAACUACGUAUUGAAAAUGCCAAACUCAAAGCUGAGGUAGAGAGGCUGAGAGCAGCUUUAGGGAAAUAUGCAUCAGGGACAAUGUCACCUUCAUGUUCCACUAGCCAUGACCAAGAGAAUAUUAAAAGCUCUUUGGAUUUUUAUACUGGAAUUUUUUGUCUUGAUGAGUCAAGAAUAAUGGAUGUAGUAAACCAAGCAAUGGAGGAGCUUAUCAAGAUGGCUACAAUGGGUGAACCAAUGUGGUUACGUAGCUUAGAGACCGGUCGCGAAAUACUUAACUAUGAUGAAUAUAUGAAGGAGUUUGCAGAUGAAAAUUCAGACCAUGGAAGACCAAAGAGAUCCAUUGAAGCUUCAAGAGAUACAGGAGUUGUUUUUGCAGAUCUUCCUCGGAUUGUCCAAUGCUUUCUUGAUGCUAAUCAAUGGAAGGAAAUGUUUCCAUGUUUAAUAUCUAAGGCAGCAACAGUUGACACUAUAUGCAAAGGAGAAGGUUCUAACAAGAAUGGUGCAGUGCAACUGAUGUUUGCUGAGUUGCAAAUGUUAACACCAAUGGUUCCAACUAGAGAAGUGUAUUUUGUCAGAUACUGCAAACGGUUGAGUGGUGAAAAAUGGGCUAUUGUUGAUGUGUCCAUAGACAAAGUAGAAGACAACAUUGACAAGUCCUUAGUGAAAUGCAGAAAACGCCCAUCUGGUUGCAUUAUUGAGGAUAAGUCAAAUGGACAUUGCAAAGUAGUAUGGGUGGAGCAUUUGGAGUGCCAAAAGAGUAUAGUUCAUUCAAUGUAUCGCACCAUUGUCAACAGCGGCCUAGCUUUUGGGGCAAGGCAUUGGAUUGCGACCCUUCAACUUCAAUGCGAACGUCUAGUUUUCUUCAUGGCAACAAACGUUCCCAUGAAGGAUUCAACCGGAGUUGCCACAUUGGCCGGAAGAAAAAGCAUUUUGAAGUUGGCACAAAGAAUGACAUGGAGUUUCUGUCAAGCAAUUAGUGCUUCAAGCUUCCAUACAUGGACUAAGGUUACAAGUAAAACUGGAGAAGACAUAAGGAUUAGCUCUAGAAAGAACUUGAAUGAUCCUAGUGAACCUCUUGGAUUGAUAGUUUGUGCAGUUUCUUCUAUAUGGUUGCCUAUAUCUCCUAAUGUUUUGUUUGAUUUCUUGAGGGACGAAACUCGUCGAACUGAGUGGGAUAUAAUGUCUAAUGGUGGGACAGUGCAAUCCAUUGCAAAUUUAGCCAAAGGACAAGACAGAGGCAAUGCAGUAACUAUCCAAACAAUUAAAUCAAAAGAAAACAAUAUGUGGAUACUGCAAGAUAGCUGCACAAAUUCUUACGAGUCAAUGGUGGUAUAUGCACCUGCGGAUAUUACUGGUAUUCAAUCUGUGAUGACCGGAUGCGACUCGAGCAAUCUUGCCAUACUACCCUCAGGAUUUUCAAUUGUUUCUGAUGGUUUGGAGUCAAGGCAAAUGGUAAUUACUUCGAGGCGGGAAGAGAAAAAUACAGAAGGUGGAUCUUUGUUUACAAUAGCAUUCCAAAUCCUUACAAAUGCUUCUCCUACAGCCAAAUUAACUAUGGAGUCUGUGGACUCUAUGAACUCUCUUGUAUCAUGUACAUUGAGACACAUCAAAACAAGUCUAAAUUGCGAAGAUGGUUAGUCAAAAUCAGGCAAUUGCUAGAUAGAUUAAAUGAUUAGUAAAACUAAUCUUCUGCUUUCUAUCUCUUUUUAGGUUAGUGUUUGGUUUGUUGAAAAAAUAGCCAGUGCUUAUUCCAUAAAAAGGAAGGUUUGGAAUCACCUCAUGUAUAUAAUUAUUAAUUAUGACAUUAUUUCUUAGUUCCUUAUGUGGAUGAUUUCUCACAGACUA